CAGUGUUAGUGGUGGUGAGGUCCCCCCCCUCCACCCAGGGUCCGUCCACUCCAGCAGCAGCCAGAAACAAGAUGUUCCGCUGUGGUAGUCUGGCCUCACGGAUUGCUCAGCCUUCCUCCAGGGUUGCUAGGCAUGGCAAAGCUCGGGGUAUUAACAGAUCACACUGUGAUAGAGGGUAUUCCAACGCUUCCAAGAAGCCGAUGACGAUGAAUGACUUGCCACAACCACAAGGCUCCUGGGCCAAGCGCCAUGAACGUAUGCAGAAGAAAUACAAUUUGCAGUUGGCAGUAGGCCUUGGCUUUGCCGGGUUUACUCUUUUUGCAGCCAAACAGAGUGGGUUGGUUAAUUUUUAUUUUGGGCCUGGCAAAUUAAAGUUUGGUAAGGGAGUCGAGUCAAAAGAGCAGGAGGCUGCUGCAUUUGAGGAGGAAACAAUUACAGAGCCACCUGCAGAUGUUGAAUCUGAAGCAUUACCAGAAACUCCAGUUGAAACACCACUUGCUGCUCCUAUAGAUACAGAAUCUGCUGCUGCACCAUCUGCCCCUGUUGAUACAAAACCUGCUUCAGCACCACCUACCCCUGUUGAAGUGCCUGCAAAGCCUAAACAAGUUGAAGAAGCUGCUAUUACUGAAUCUUCAGCUGUUGUGUCUAAAAGUGAAGAUGCCAAGUCUGCCUCAACUGCUAAGGAGUCUGCUGCUGAACCAGAGCUUGUGGUUCAGGCUCCUGUAGCUGAACCAGAGCUAUUGGUUGAGACUUCUGUAGCUGAGCAGGAAUGCAUUCUUAAGACAGAUGUCAGAGCAGAACCAACAUCUGUAACACCUGCUCCUAUGGGAUUUGAAAUAGUUACUGGGAAUCUCACAGUAGAGUCAAGGAAGGUAUCUGACAUUCCUGAACACGUUCCUUACUUAAUUAUUGGUGCUGGUACCUCUUCUGUUGCUGCUUUCAGAGCCAUUAAAGCCAAGGAUGCUAAGGCCAAGGUUCUGGUGAUAUCGGGAGAAGGUGAAAAUCCCUAUAUGAGGCCACCUCUUAGCAAGGAAUUAUGGUACAGUGAUGACAUUGAAGCUACCAACAAAUUACGUUUCAAGCAGUGGAAUGGCAAAGAAAGAAGUAUAUACUUUGAGCAUGAAGAGUACUACACCCCAGUUAAAGAGUUAGCAACAAGGGAGAAUGGUGGCAUCUCUAUUGUAAAAGGUCGCAAAGUUGUGAAGCUGGAUGUGCAUAAGAAACGUGCCUUCAUAGAUGAUGGGAGUGAAGUCUCAUAUGACAAGUGCCUUAUUGCUACAGGUGGAACUCCUAAAUCUCUGCCAGUAUUUGAUAAUGCUGGAGAAGAUAUACUGAAGAAUGUAACUUUGUUCCGUUCUGUUAGUGACUUCCAGCGACUUCACAAUGUGGCACAGCAAGGAAAACACAUCACUAUUAUUGGAGGUGGUUUCUUAGGCUCAGAGCUGGCAUGUGCUUUAGGUUAUAAAUUAAAGGCAACUAGUGGCUCAGUAACGCAGAUAUAUCCCGAGGCAGGCAACAUGGGUCGAGUCCUGCCUGAAUACCUCUCUAAAUGGACUACAGAAAAAGUAAAGUCUGAAGGGGUAGAAAUUAUCCCCAACUCAUUUGUUGAGGAAGUCAAGUCAGCAAAAGAUGAGAAAGUAAAACUCAAACUUAACACUGGAAAGGAGAUUGUGACAGACCAUGUUGUUGUAGCAGUUGGCCUCGAACCAAAUGUGGAAUUAGCACAGUCAUCAGGCCUAGAAAUUGAUGACACACAUGGAGGUUUCAGAGUCAAUGCUGAGUUAGAAGCACGGUCUAAUCUAUGGGUGGCUGGAGAUGCUGCCUGCUUCUUUGAUAUCAAGCUUGGUCGUCGGCGUGUUGAGCACCAUGACCAUGCCAUUGUAUCAGGAAGGUUAGCUGGCGAGAACAUGACUGGCAGUGGUAAGCCAUACUGGCAUCAGUCCAUGUUCUGGUCUGACUUAGGUCCAGAAGUAGGCUAUGAAGCCAUUGGCAUUGUUGAUUCAUCGUUACCUACAGUUGGUGUUUUUGCCAAGGCCACUGCCAAAGACACACCUAAAGCUGUUGUGGAAGCAACUGGAGAAAGUUUAAGAUCUGAAACAGAACAGGUUGCUGAUACCAGUUCCUUGAUGCACUCCAGUGAUCCUCAUGCACCUCUCAAGGGUGAAGACUAUGGAAAGGGAAUAAUAUUCUACCUGAGAGAGAACAUUGUGGUAGGCAUUGUCCUCUGGAAUGUCUACAACCGGAUGCCAAUUGCCAGAAAGAUUAUUAAGGAUGGUAAGAGUUAUGAUGACCUCAGUGAAGUUGCAAAGCUGUUCAGUCUGCAUUCAGAGUAGUAUAAAGAAUAUUUUUCUUUAAUUCCACAUUUUUAUCUGAAUCAGAUGUAAAUGUUAUGGGUGAUAUUGGUUGUUUAUAGGAUUACUGCAGAGAUAAAGAAUAGGCAUUUAGCCUUUGAAAAUGUUUAAUAAAUGUACAGUACAUACAAAAUUUAUAUGGGAAUAUAUAGCUAUAAAAAGUAACCAGUGCUGUAUGACCCUUGUGGGUUUAGCACUUAGUUUUUAUCAUAAUAAUAGGAAACUAAUUUGGCUUAUUUCCUGGUGAGACCACGGCUACUUUCCCACUGACUCUCAAAAACAGAUCUUAAAGGAAUUUGAGCUUUAUUGUACCUCAGAUGACAGUCAUUUGGGACAAUGGUAAAUGUGCAAAGUAACUCUUAGGCAACACCUAAUUGUAUUUGUGGCCAUAGUAUAUACCAAGGAUUUGUUUAAUGCUCUGCCAAGUAUAGAUUCCUGAGUGUAAUGCAUUCAGAAGAAAAGUGAGGUAAGUAAUUAAGAUUUUCAAAUGAAAAGGAUGAUGCUUCAAUGCCUGUUUACAAAACUACCAAAAUGUUAUUUGUAUUGCACAUAAAAAUUUAAUUAGUUUUUGUUAAACUAAUUCUUUGCUGCAUGAGCAUUAGUGGUGUAACACUUCAGCAAAAAUAUACCAAUAGUAUUAUGCAUUUUUAAUGUGUAUUUUUUCAUCUAGAUUCAUCAAAAUAUCUACCAUAAAUUGUGUCAAAAGUGUGGAAGAUGAAUACUUGGAUUCUGUAAAUAUAAUAUGCUGUAGAUCAUGAAGAUAUUCAGCUUUGUAUAUAAUGUAAGUGGUACUAAAUAAAAGAUUAAUGCUAUAAUAGUAUAAAGUAUUUUAAUAAA